AACCAGUGUGAGCAGAUCUGGGAGAGGGAGUGGUUGGACCUAACCCAGCAGCCAAGCAGCAGUCUCUGUCCAUCUCCUAGCUCUGGAAGGACGCUUUCUUUUUUUCUUUCCCAAACCUCACCUCCCCCCAAGAAUACCUUCCCCUUGAGGAAAAGUCAGAAAUCCACCUAUUUUUUUGUGUGUGCAUGUAUGUGACUGGAAUCCCCUGCUGCUGCAGCAGAGAGAGGUAUAAGGAGGCGACCAGCGAAAACUCUCUCUCUCUUCGAAAGGGAGAAGAUUAAGAACAACUGGCUUUCUCAGCUCAAGGCUGAGGGGGACAUUUGAAAACAAACAGUCCAUCAUUUUUCUUUUUUUCCCUCCUUCUCUCCCCUCAGGAUUAUAAACCUGACUGAUGGGAAUUUGCUCUGGGGAUUAUUAAAUUGGUCCGUGCGUCAGUUGUUGUGGAGACUGUGUGAGGAGAAGUGUUGAGAAGAAGCUUCUCUCUCUCUCUCCCCUAGUGUGUGUGUGUGAGGGAGAAAGCUGCUGUCGGUUGCCAUGGCGGCUCCGGGCCUGGCGGAGGGCCUGCUCCUCCUCCGCCGCCGCGGCCUUUCCCUCUCCCCCCGCUGCUAAAAAGCCAUGGCCCUGGGAAACGCCUCCUCCUCCUCCUCCUCGUCCUCCUCCUCUUCCUUCACCGCCACCUCCAGCCGCCGGCACUCCGCGGCCCUGCUGAAGAUGGAUCCCGUCAUCAUCCCCAUCGACGCCGACAACAUCUGCGACAGCAAUGACCAGCGCAUGUGGUGGGCCUUCCUCGCCUCGUCCAUGGUCACCUUCUUCGGCGGCCUCUUCAUCAUCCUCCUAUGGAGGACCGUCCAUUACCUUUGGGCUGUCUGCUGCCACUGUGGCCUCAAGAAUAAGGAUGCGCAAAAAAUCGGCAUCGGCACAGGUAACCAGUCAGAUGAUACUCUCCAAGACCUGGAUGAGAAGGAAGAAAUUCCACAAGGGGAAGUGGGCUGGAUGACUUCUGUAAAAGACUGGGCAGGUGUCAUGAUAUCUGCCCAAACUCUCACCGGCCGAGUUCUUGUGGUCUUGGUUUUUGCUCUCAGCAUUGGUGCACUUGUAAUAUACUUCAUUGAUUCUUCAGACCCAAUAGAAUCCUGUCAGAAUUUCUACGAAGAUUUCACGUUACAGAUUGACAUGGCAUUCAAUGUAUUCUUCCUACUCUACUUUGGACUGCGGUUUAUUGCAGCAAAUGAUAAAUUAUGGUUCUGGUUGGAAGUGAAUUCUGUGGUAGAUUUCUUCACCGUCCCACCUGUCUUUGUGUCUGUAUAUUUGAGCAGAAGCUGGCUGGGCUUACGAUUUUUAAGAGCGCUCAGGUUGAUACAGUUCUCAGAGAUUUUACAAUUUCUGAAUAUUCUAAAAACAAGCAAUUCCAUCAAGUUGGUGAAUCUAUUAUCCAUAUUUAUAAGCACAUGGCUAACGGGAGCUGGCUUUAUACAUUUGGUGGAAAACUCAGGGGAUCCUUGGGAAAACUUCCAAAAUUCCCAACCACUGACUUAUUGGGAAUGCGUCUACUUACUUAUGGUCACAAUGUCCACAGUUGGUUAUGGGGACGUUUAUGCAAGGACAACCCUUGGUCGUCUUUUUAUGGUCUUCUUCAUCCUUGGUGGCUUGGCCAUGUUUGCGAGCUACGUCCCUGAAAUCAUAGAAUUAAUAGGAAACCGCAAGAAAUAUGGUGGUACCUAUAGUGCGGUUAAUGGAAGAAAGCAUAUAGUUGUGUGUGGACACAUCACACUGGAGAGUGUCUCCAAUUUUUUAAAGGACUUCUUGCACAAGGACAGGGAUGAUGUGAACGUUGAAAUAGUCUUUCUACACAAUAUUUCCCCUAACCUUGAGCUCGAAGCCCUUUUUAAAAGACAUUUUACUCAGGUGGAAUUCUUCCAAGGUUCUGUCCUGAACCCUCACGAUCUAGCCAGAGUCAAGAUAGAGUCAUCAGAUGCCUGUCUAAUUCUGGCAAACAAAUACUGCCCCGAUCCUGAUGCUGAAGAUGCCUCCAAUAUUAUGAGGGUAAUAUCUAUCAAAAAUUACAAUCCAAAGAUAAGAAUUAUAACACAGAUGUUACAGUAUCAUAACAAGGCCCAUCUGCUGAACAUACCCAGCUGGAAUUGGCGGGAAGGGGAUGAUGCAAUCUGCCUAGCUGAACUGAAGCUGGGUUUUAUAGCUCAAAGCUGCUUGGCUCCAGGCCUCUCUACAAUGCUGGCCAAUCUCUUCUCCAUGAGAUCGUUCAUCAAGAUUGAGGAGGACACCUGGCAGAAAUACUACCUAGAAGGGGUAGCAAAUGAGAUGUACACAGAAUAUUUGUCCAGUGCCUUCAUAGGCUUGUCAUUUCCUGCAGUUUGCGAGCUGUGUUUUGUGAAGCUUAAGCUGUUGCUGUUAGCCAUAGAGUACAAAUCGGACACAAGGGAAAGCAGCAUACUAAUCAAUCCUGGGAACCACAUCAAGAUCCAUGAAGGCACAUUGGGAUUCUUCAUUGCAAGUGAUGCCAAAGAAGUGAAAAGGGCAUUUUUCUACUGCAAAGCUUGUCAUGAUGACAUCACAGAUACAAAAAGGAUUAAGAAAUGUGGCUGCAAACGACUGAUCUAUUCCAAGAUGUCCAUCUACAAGAGAAUGAAACUCGCAUGUUGUUUUGAUUGCGGACGCUGUGAGCGUGACUGCACUUGCAUGUCAGACAGUGUACAUAGUAACUUGGACACCCUUGAGAGAACCUUCCCACUUUCUUCUGUCUCUGUUAAUGAUUGCUCCACCAGUUUACGUGCCUCUAAAUAUGGCUAUAACGGAUAUAUCAGCUCAAUUCAAGAUGAAAACCCAUCAGCCCUGUCUCCCAAAAAGAAGCAGCGAAAUGGAGGUAUGCGAAAUUCACCCAACAGUUCACCCAAACUGAUGAGGCAUGACCCCUUGUCAAUUCCAGGAAAUGAUCAGAUAGAGGAAAUGGACGCCAGUGUGAAGAAAUAUGAUUCCACUGGGAUGUUUCACUGGUGUCCAGCUAAAGAAAUGGAGAAGGUCAUUCUGACCCGGAGUGAAGCUGCCAUGACGGUUUUAAGCGGGCAUGUGGUCGUAUGUAUAUUUGGGGAUAUGAACUCUGCUUUGGUUGGUUUGCGCAACUUAGUGAUGCCUUUGCGAGCCAGCAAUUUCCAUUAUCAUGAACUGAAGCACAUUGUUUUUGUUGGGACGCUGGAGUAUCUAACAAGAGAAUGGGAGACACUUCACAACUUCCCUAAAGUAUCGAUAUUGCCGGGUACGCCAUUAUGUCGAGCUGAUUUAAGGGCUGUCAACAUCAACCUCUGCGACAUGUGUGUUAUUCUAUCAGCCAAUCAGAACAAUAUCGACGAUUGUUCGCUGCAGGACAAAGAGUGCAUCUUGGCGUCACUCAACAUCAAAUCUAUGCAGUUUGAUGACAGCAUAGGGGUCUUGCAGGCUAAUUCCCAAGGAUUCACACCUCCAGGAAUGGACAGACCGUCUCCUGACAACAGUCCAGUCCACGGCCUAGUCCGACAAACAUCUGUCACCACCGGGGCCAACAUCCCAAUGAUGACUGAAUUAGUUAAACCUGGCAAAUUGCUCCCUUUGGUUUCAUUCAGUCAGGAAAAAAACAUUGGAGCCAACAUACCAAUGAUAACUGAGUUGGUGAAUGACUCGAAUGUUCAAUUCUUGGACCAAGAUGAUGAUGAUGACCCAGAUACUGAGUUGUAUUUGACACAGCCAUUCGCGUGCGGGACAGCAUUCGCUGUCAGUGUGUUAGACUCUCUAAUGAGUGCUACAUACUUCAAUGACAAUAUCCUGACUCUGAUACGGACAUUAGUAACAGGGGGAGCCACGCCAGAGCUGGAAUCAAUGCUGGCUGAAGAAAAUGCCUUGAGAGGUGGCUACAGCACACCACAAACACUAGCAAACAGAGACAGGUGUCGUGUCGCACAGUUGGCUCUGUAUGAUGGCCCCUUUGCAGACCUUGGGGAUGGUGGCUGUUAUGGAGAUCUGUUCUGCAAGGCCUUAAAAACAUACAACAUGCUUUGCUUUGGAAUUUACCGAUUGAGAGAUGCACAUCUACGCACGCAUAAUCAGUGUACAAAGCGAUACGUGAUUGCUAAUCCACAUUACGAAUUUGAACUAGUCUCAACGGAUGUGAUCUUCUGUCUGAUGCAAUUUGACCAUAAUGCUGGCCAAUCUCGCGGCAGCUUAUCGCACUCGUCUCAUUCCUCACACUCUUCCAGUAAGAAAAGCUCGUCUGUGCACUCCAUCCCAACCACCACCAACCGUCCAAACCGCAACAAGACUCGGGAUCCCCGGGAAAAGCAGAAUGCUACAAGGAUGACUAGAAUGAGCCAAGAAAAGAAAUGGUUUACAGAUGAACCUGAUAACACCUUCCCUAGGAACAUUCAGAUCAAACCAAUGAGCACUCACAUGGCUAAUCAAAUCAAUCAGUACAAAUCGACCAGCAGUUUGAUCCCACCCAUCAGAGAAGUAGAAGAUGAAUGUUGAUGCCUGUGUGAACUUCGGUCUGAAGGAGAGACGUUGUAAAGCGCCUUUGACAGGAUGCUGGCUUUGACGCUCCAUUGAUCUUUGUGUUCUAUCACAGACAGGUGAAGGAUCAUGGACUCUACACCACCAAGAAAUAAUAGUCUGCCCUUGAAAGUUAUCUGCUUGUCCAGCAUGGAAUCACAGGUUUUAUUGGAUUAUUUUGCUGAUGACUUGAAGACAAUCGACACAGACUGAAUAUUAUGGCCAUUUAUGUUUAAAAAUGUAUUAUUUUAUAAAUGCAAUAUCUGCCAUCUUCAAUUUUGUAGCUUCGCUUACCUUCUGUUUGUGACCAGACUCUUAUUUUGUUCCUCUUUUGUUUCCCCUGUGGAGGAUGAAGGUCACAAAAAUAUUAGUUCAAUGCACCCAAUCCCUCAACAAAAACAGUUUUAAAAAAAGUACACUUCUAGCUGCAGCAAAUGUUGCCUGAUAACUAGCAUGCUAGCGCUACCAGAAUAUAUGCUGUUAUCUAUCCUUGUAUUGAGAUAGGGCGUAGACCAAGUCCUGUAUUAAAGAUUGUUCCACAUUACAGCAUCACCAUCUUUUCAUGAUUCUGUUCUGAUUUGUUUUCUCUGUGUAGAUGAAAGUAAACCUUACAAGGUCUUCUGGGACCGAGAACACUGCAAGCCAAGAGCUUUUCUUUCCUAACACUGUUCAUCCUCUCCAUUCUUAAGCUUGUUUUAAAAGAAAAAUUUUGAUAUACUUCAAAGUAGUUAACACAUAUCAGAGAGAUAGUAGAUCUUACUUUGCAGUCAAUCCUGGGAGGAUAAAGAGACAAUGUUAACUCAGCAAGGUAGGAAAUAUUAAUGCAGAGUUGUCUGAAGCAAGUCUGCGCGCACACACACAGUUUCAAGCAGCUCUUAUUGAUUCAAGGAGUUCAGUUGUGGUUCCUGGUGUUACCCCCACCUCCCUUGCAGUAUCGAAAGCCAUCUUGUCCAGUAUCAUGAGGUCAGAGGGGAUGGAAACAAGCAAAACUGAAAGAAAGCUGGACCGGGCCUACUGCAAAUUCACGUCAGGAAAAGAUACAAUGGCAGGCAACCCUAUUGUUUCUGCAUGCCCUGCUGUGUCAGCUCCAUCAGUUAUAGACUCUGACUUUAGCUAAAACUAUCUCAGCUUUAAUGUCUGUUCUCCAGCUGCAGCACUGAACACAUCCAUAUCGCUACCCAACAACACUAUGUUCUGGAGUGAUUUUUGAAUUGUGAUUACUUUGUUGUUAAAUUUUGUAGGAAGUAGAGUGAAACAAUUGUGAAUAAAAUAUAUCAAUAUUAAUUGGAUUGUUAACAAGGAGAACUUGCUAGCCUGUUUUCAGGAUUUGCGCUUCAGCACCUUCCAUUCAGUUCGACUCUUUCAUGAUGCCAGAGUCUGGGAAUUCAGUGGAUGACUACGUAACAACAAUAAAACAAAAACUAACUUUACUAUUCUUACUGAAAAAUGCACAUUUUCAAUAUUUUAGCAUGUUUUCCAUUCUGCAUUUAUGCACUUUUAUUUCUGUCAGUUUUUGUUUCCUCACUCCCUGUGGUUCUCUUUGCUAUCACCUCUUCAUCAUCAGCCUUGAAGAUGGAGAAUUCUUACAGGGAGUGAUCUUUUUCUCUUAAUUUUUGUUUUCGGUUUGCAUUUUUUUUCCGCUUAGUAAUUAGAGGAGAUAAUAUGAUGGUGCUCAGACCCGACCUACCUGGCUCUGUCAUAUAUGAUAUC